UUUAACAACUAAUUAAUUACAUAACACACAUUGGUAAUUACCUAAUAAUAAUAAAAAUAACACUAAUUGAAAUGACCUAAUUAGGUUAUCGCACGAGAAUAGACCUGAAAUAGUGCUAAAAUAUAAAAAUCAAAACCAUUGUUAACAUUAAGAGAUUGUUUUUGAGUAAAAUACAGACAUAUUGAUAUAUUUGGGACAAAGUAUUAUUUUCUUACAACAACCAACAGUAAUACUUAUCAUCCAUACAUAGUUGUAAUCGGAAGUUCAGUUUGUAAUAUCAGUUAGUAUCAAAUAAUAACUUUUGAAAACCUUUCCUAAUUAAUAAUUAAUGUUAAUUGUCAGCAGUGCGGAAUAAGUCAUUUUUAGUUAACAAACUAUAUAACAUUUGGUACAACUAAAAAUGUCAUUCGUAAUUGCAAAUAGAUAAACGAUAUCUAAAUUAAACUAUUCAAAGAUACAAUUCUCCAUUUAUUACUCGGGCCGGCCAUGGCGCGUUUAUUUAUGAACCAAUCUGCCAAGUUUAUCAACAGUAAUUUAAUAAUGGAUAACAUAAUGGAUCACAUACAAGUGACGAUGUGCACAGACUAUCGUACAGUAAAGUUAAGUAGGUGCACAGAUUAUGGUGGUAUACAAUCCCUUUUAUAGUUGUCAGUAAUUUUAUGAUUACAGUAAUACACAUUUAUUUUGAGUUUACACUGCGCCUGUAUUUUUUUAUGAUGUAGUAAGCUAUCUCACUGAUUCUUAUUUCCAAACUAGUAUGUUUUGACUUUAAACUCGGAAAGUUGGCAACACUAUAAGCAGAGUAUUUCGCAAAAACUAUUUGUGUUUAAAAUAGUACAUCGCAACGGAGUCAUGUUUCCUGACAUUGAAAACUAUUAUUAAUUAUAAAGAGAAUUCAAAAUAGGUAAAAAUCUAGGGCUAUGAAAUAUACGAAUUACGAUUUUUUAAUGAUAGAGCGUACAAGGCACUGCCGGCAGGACGUUACGUUCUCAUUUGAGGACGUAAUUCAACUGCUUACACGAGGACGAAAAAUCCUGCUGGCAGGACCGUUCUUGGUCCCAUUAGAAAGAGGGAAAUGUAAUGAAUUAGCGCAUGCAAGUCUGAAGUUGGUAGCUCUGACCGUUCAGAAAUGGCGGCGAUUAUAGGAAAGGGUGACCGUGUGUAUGUUUUCGCUACUUAUUUUGAUACUCCAAAUAGUGGAAAUGCAUGGAGUCGCUCGUUAUUUGGUAGUAGUUAUGAUACCACUAAGUGUAAUGGUACUGUAAUUAAAGUUACGUGUAGUUGUGCAACAGUUCUGUGGGACAUUGACAAAAACACAACUAGAUGUUUGCUAAAAGACUUGUUCUCGAGUGAUGGUCGAGCUGUCAUCGCUGUCGGUGUGACGCCUGCUGCCAGCGCCGCUAUAGGCCUACCCCGCCAGCUCAUAUCACCUGCAACGCUAUCAGAUGAUGCCCAGAAAAGUAAAAGGAGGAAGACUACCGUUCAACUGACCAGUGCUGAAAACAGUUCGUCGUCAUCAUCAUCCGAUGAAUCUAAUGAUGAAGAUGAAGACCUUGAUAGCGGAUCAAACAAUAUUAUUGAUUUACCUGCAGAUGCAGAGGAAAUCUAUAAUAAUUCAAACUUAGUUUUAGUUAAUGACACUGAAUGGGACAUUGGUAAACAUGUAAAUAUUGAUCAAUUCAAGGACCAUCAAUACAAACCUCGUUUUCACUUGCUCAAUACUAAUCGAGAAAUUCUAUCCCUCAAUGAAAUGGAUUUUUGGCUAAUUUUUUCCCCCAUUGAUGAUAUAAACCAUAUUUUAGUUUGUUCAAAUGCUCAUUUGAGGGAUAGAAGAAAACCAAUUUCGAGACAUGAGUUUUUCAAGUCAAUUGGUAUUUUGUACGCCAUGAGUAUAAAUAUGUUAGCGGUCCGCCGCAACUACUGGUCUACGGAAACCGACGGCCUCUUUCCUGCUUCAGCUUUUGGUUCUAGGUUUGAAGAAAUUUUAAUGGCAAUGGCAUUUGCCAUGCCUGAAGAUAAAAGGAAUGGAGAUAGGUGGUAUCAAGUUAGGCCUCUCAUCAACAUGUCCGUAACACAUUGGAGGCAGAGUUUUCCCCCAGGUUUCAAAUUAACUGUAGAUGAAUCCAUGUUUGCUUGGUACGGGAAAGGCAACUACCGUGAAAAUGGCAUGCCUGCUGUGAUGAAAAUUAAAAGGAAACCUAAAGGAGUUGGUUGUGAAGUAAAAACUAUUUGUGAUAGCACAUCAAGAAUCAUGAUUGGGUUGGAAAUCAAUGAGGGGAAAGAAGAAAUGAAAAAUAAAAAAUGGCAAAAGGACUUUGGUGCCGGAACUGCAACAACGCUACGAUUGACUGAACCGUGGCAUGGAACUGGUCGAAUAGUUGUAGGAGAUUCUUGGUUUUCUUCUGUAAAGACCAGUAUUCAGUUAAAGGAAAGAGGUUUGUAUUUUUUAGGGAUGGUUAAAACCGCCUAUAGAAACUAUCCUCUAAAGCAAACUGUCCUGAGGUCCCUUAAGGAAAAGGGGUCUUUUAUAUCAGCUACAGCAAGCUCGGAAAAUGUAGAUCUUAUUUGUGUAGGAUGGAGAGACCGUAAGGUUCAUACGUUUGUAGGUACCUGCUCUCCAACUUUACCUGGAAAACCAUGUACAAAAAAAAGAUAUGAUGACGACGGAAAACCUUACACCAAAGAAGUAGCACGUCCAAAACUAGUAGAAGAUUACUUCAUGGGAGCUCCUGCCAUAGACAUACAUAACCACAUUCGCCAAGAUGGACUAGCACUAGAAACAGUGUGGCAAACUCAACAGUGGCAUCAUAGAAUGUUUGCUUGUAUAUUUGGUAUUAUGGAAACUAAUGCCUUUUUAGCAUAUAACCUUCACAGACCUGCCCUUGAAAAGAAGUCUCACACAGACUUCACUAAGGCACUAGCCUUGCAAUUAAUAAAAAACCAAUUUGGCCUUCCACCAGAAACAAGACCUGCAGAACCUUUGUUAAUCGAUGAGGUGAAUUUACCUGUGGAGGUAAUCUCGCACGUCCUUGUUAACCUUUCUAAAGAAGACGAACGGAAGCAAGUUCAAAGGAAGUGUCUAAUCUGCUCGAGAGUGCACGGAAAGCAAAUGAAAGCAAGCUACUUUUGCAAGAAAUGCGGACCUAAUGCUGUCAUGUGUAGCCCACAAACUGGCAGAAAUUGUUUUGAAUACCAUAUAAAAAAUGGUAUACCCUUACGUCGUAAGAACUAGAUGUGUAUUGAAAAAGAUGACUAUGUAGCUAUCAAGAUAGAAAUCAUACUUUUUUGAAUUUAGUUCUUUGAGAUAGCUAAACAUAUUAGAAAAUAAGUCCCAAGAUUUUCAAUAUCUUUCCUAAGUAUAUGAAUACAUAAUGAAUUUUACUAAUUAGUUGAAAUACUUAAUAAAGUUUUCUUGGGUAGAUCUUAAUUUUUAUUACUUAUUAUAUACUUUUAAUUUAUUCAUGUAUUCUCUCUCUGUUGUGUAACGGAACAAGUUUAUACUUCGUAUGUUUAUACAUUUAUUUUACAUUUAUAAAAUAGAUUACAAGGCAGUUGUUGUAUUAGUCAGUAAGAGUCAUAUUAAACAGUUUUACAAAAUU